AGGAGACGGUUCAAAGUUUGUGCUUGCUUUAAGAAAAACAAGUGGAUCCCAUUGGUGCCUGCUCUGAAAGAGGAAAAUUGCGCAAGCCAAGCCCCUCCCGCGUGACUAUAACGGACGGCCAUGGCGGCGUCAGGGGCGGACGCGGUGAGCGCGUGGCUGCUGCAGACCACGAGUGCUGACGAGGCCGCCGUGAGAUCUGCCAGCUCAGCACUGGAGGAAGCUUCCAAGCACCCGGUGCCCGGCUCCCCUGCAGCUCUCCCUGCAGCCCUCUAUUUCAAGAACGUUGCCGUGGUCAAGUGGCGGGGGGCGGGCAGCAAGGGGCACGUGCAGUUGCCAGGGGGGAGGGAGGAGCAGGAGGCGGUGCGGGUGCAACUGGUGGAGGUGCUACUGCGGUGCACGCCAGGGAAGAUCCUGACCGUGCUUACGGAAGCGCUACUCCCAGGGCUGAAAGCGGCCCUGCAGUCCAGUGAUCUAAUCCGAGCCGUUGAUUCUGCCUCCGCUGCUCCUGGACCGUCGGAUCCUGCUGCAGCAUUCUCUACAGUCACUGUGCUUACAGUCCUUCGUGCCGUCACUAAGCCUUACAGGUACUUCCUGGACCCCAGCAAGGAGAAGGAGCCCGUGCCGCCAGUGCUAGAAACGAUCACCUCUGACCUGCUGCUGCCGCUCAUGCCGCUCAUGCACCACCUCAUCACGGCUCAGGCGCAGCUGUCAAGCCCUCAAGCACCAUCACCUCACGACGAAGCCCUCCUGCUCAUCCUCAAGACCCUCCACCUCUCGGUGCAGAGCCACAUGCCAGCCGCCAUUCGCAAGAAUCUCGAUGCCAUCGUCCCUGAGCUGCUGCUUCUGCUAUCGCACUGCCCGGCAACCCUAGCUGCUGCAGCUGCUGCUGCUGCUGCCGCCGCUCAGGAGGGCAUGGAGGGGGGAGGGGGGUCGGCGGAGGGGGGGGCUGUGGUGUGGGAGGUGCGGCUGAAGGCGAGCAAGAGAGCGCUGCAGAUCUGCCAAGCGCUGGCGAGCCGGCACCAGAAGCUGGCGAAUAAGCACUUUCCCGCCAUGGUAGACUCCAUCAUGGGCAUCGUCUGCAAUUCUCUGUGGACCAAUAAGCCCUCUUCAGCUGCCCGUCGUGUUGCCGCGGUUGCUUUCAACGCCAUCUCGCAAGUGCUCGACUCCGCUCCGGGUUGGAAGGUGGUGGCUCCCAACUUCGCCCAUCUGCUUGAGUCGGCCAUCUUCCCCGUGCUUUGCCUGCGCCCCCACGAUUUGGAGCUGUGGGAUGAGGACGAGGAGGAGUAUGUACUACGGAAUCUACCCACAGAUUUAGAUGACUUGGAUGAGAUUGACAGCUAUGAUCCACGGCAGUGUGCUGCUCACCUGCUGGCGCUCAUUGCCACUUCCAAGGGCAGCCCAGCCAAGGGCAAGCCGGGAGCAGCAGCCGCACCCUCCAAGUCGACUUCACCAGCAGCAGGCAGAAGGAGACAGAGACGGCCGGCCGCCACUAAGGACACGGAUGCAGCAGCUGCCACUGUGGUGCUUCCUUUCCUCUCCAGGUUUGCCGUACCGGCCGAUGCUGCAGUCCCGUUGGACGGCAUGUUUGCGCCGGGGGAAGGGGGGCGGCUGGCUCCUGCGGAUGCAGCCAGUGCUGCUGUCGUCCACUACUUUGGCGUCCUGCAAGCGUAUGCUGCCAUGAAAGAGUACUUUGAGCGGCAGCCCAGUCAGCUGGAGCAACUGCUGCCAGUGCGCGUUCUGUCUCUCUUCGCGCAGCGCCACGUCAGCGCCGUCCUACUGGCCUCUGCCACGUGGCUGCUGGGAGAGCUCUCUGCCGCCCUGCCAGAGUCCCUGCACGCCCCUGUGUACGGGGCGACCAUGAAGGCCAUGGCAGCGGGGGACGUGGACGGGCAGUCGUGGGCCGUGGUGCGCACUGCGGCCUCUCAUGCCGUCUCCUACUUCAUCCAGAAUGACGUGGAGCCAUCCGAUUGGCUGGCGUUUCUUCAAGCCAUAGUAGCAGCAACAAGGGCAGCAGAGGAGAGCGAGGCAGUGAGGGCUCUGGACCUGUUGGAGUCAGUGGCGGUGGAGGGGGGGGAGGGCGUGCACGUGCACCUGCCAGCCAUUAUUGAUGCGGUGGCCAAUGACACGUGUGCUGCUCUGCCACCCCAAGACCAGCCCUGGUCUCAGGACAGUGGCGGUAGAGGGGUGAAGGGCGUGCGCUGCGCUGCGGUGGAAGGGGGGAAGGGGGAAGGGGGGGAGGGGGGGGGGAGGGGGGGAGGGGGGGAGGGGGGAAGGGGGGAGGAGGGGAGGGGGGAGGGGGGGAGGGGGGGAGGGGGGAGGGGGGGGAGGGGGAGGGGGGGGGGGGGGAGGGGGGAGGGGGGGGGAGGGGAAAGGGGAAGGGGGGAAGGGGGGGGGAAGGGGGAAGGGGGGAGGGGGGAGGGGGAGGGGGAAGGGGGGGAGGGGGGAGGGGGCAAGGGGGGAGGGGGGAGGGGGAGGUGGAGAGGGGGGAAGGGGGGAAGGGCCGUGUGUGGGCGCUCUUCUCAGCGCUGGCCGUCUCUGGUCGAGUCAUGGGCCGAUGACGAGCUGCCAGGGGGAGAGGACGAGGAGGAGGUGGAGGAAGGCGAGGAGAGGGAGGGGAGGGAGGGAGCAGGGACGGAGGAGCGGAAUCGGAGGGCGGUGGAAGUGGCAGCGUCUGUGGCGCGGGUGCUCAGAGUGGCAUGGCUGAAUGAGCCGGUAGAUCCAUCCCUCUUGAAGACCCAGCCAUCAGUCGCACCAGCAUCAGAGCAAGGGGAGGACAAGGAGCCGCCCCCCACCUCGUGGUUCGACGCCUCUCUGCUGCUCUCCUUCGUGCUCAAAGCCGCUGCCAACGUUCCCUCCUCAUCCUCCUCCUCCGUCCCUGCUGCUACAACCGCUGCUGCUACAACCGCUGCUGCUGCUACAACCGCUGCUGCUACAGCUGGUGCUGCAGCAGCGGAUGCAGUGGUGCUGGUGGGGCAGUGGCAGGUGGUGCCCCUGUUGGACAAGUGGGUGGAGCUGAUUGCAGAGUGGACGGCUUGGGAGGAGGAUGAGGACGAGGCGGUGUUCCAGACCAUCGAUUCUCUGCUUCUGUUGAACAGCCGGACGCCGCUGCCAGACUUCAUUUCCAAGGCCCCUCCGCCGCCUCCUCUGCCACCCGUGCCGCCCCGCUCCAUCCUCGAAGGCAUCGCGUGCUUCGUCUCGUCUGCGCUCUCCGACGGCUCUCCUGCUGCCACGUGGCGCGCAUCCAGGCACUCCCACAUGCUGCUGAACGCUGCUGCCGUGGCGCUCAAUGGGGGGCCUGUUGCUGCUGCCCUGGCAGGGAGAUUUGCAGAGGCCUCCCUGACUCGCCUCUCCUCCUCCCCCUCCCUCUCCACCAUCCGCUACAUCGCCAAGCCCCUCCUCCUCUCCCUCUUCUCCUCCCUCCUCGCCUCCCCCGCCUCCGUCUUCCCCCUCCUCCUCUCCCCCGCGCCUGCUGCUCCUGCUGGGGGGAAGGAGGCGGGGGAAGGAGAGGGGGAGAAGGGGGAGGAGGGGAGGAGGGGGGGUUGAUGCUGGGGGUGGUGGUACGGUGCGUGGAGAGCCUGCUAGCCUUGCACGCAGAGCCUGGGCUGGUCUUGGAAUCAGAGCUGAAGCUCACAGUUCUCGCCCUGACUUGCCUGGUGCAGCAGUCGGCAGCAGCAGCAGCGCAGACAGGCGCGUCGCUCCCAGCAGUCGUGCUGGCAGCAGCAAUGGCAGCGAUGCUGCGGCUGAAAGCGGUGAAGGAGGAGGCGAGCAGCAUGGAGGGGAGCGAGGAGGGGGAGAUGGGGGGAUGACGAUGACGAAGAAGAAGAAGAGGAGGAGGAUGAGGAGGAGGAGAUCGACCUAGAUGGGGAUCUUGACGAUGCUGAGCUGGAGGCCGCGCUGAUGAGGCGGUAUGCGGAAGCGGCGACCAUGAUUGGCUCGAUGGAGGAGGAGGAGGCUGACGUGGAGGACGAGUAUGGGAUCGAGCUCGAGCUAGGUCUCACAGGUUUGCAGGACGAGCAGGCGGCGGUGAGGGCGUGUCUGCAGCAGCACUGGGCGGCUCUCGGCCCGCAGGUGGUCACUCUCAAGCCCUCACUCUCUUCUAACUUCGCUGAGGCCUUCCCUCCGGCCAAGCCGUUCCUUCUUUAGAGCUGCUUGCCAGGCUCUCCACUGCUAGAGCUGCUGCUAGGCUAGAAGGGGAGGGUAAGGAAGGGAAGGGAGGGAGCUAUGUGGGCCUCUGCUGCUAGAGCUGCUGCUAUGUGUGGCGCAUCUCCUGCCAGCACUGGGCUGCUCUUGGCCCUCAGGUGGCCACCCGCAAGCCCUCGCACUCUUCUGAGCCUUCCCUCCUGCCAAGCCGUUCCUGCUGUGAGGCACUUACUCCCUCCCGCUUUAAGGCAUCUCAAGACAGCGGUGAGAGCUCGUCUGCAGCAUAACCGGGCCGCUCUUAGCCCGCAGGUUGUCACGCUCAAGCCAUCACCUGCUGAAUUUUCUCAAGCCCUACCUCUGGUCAAGUCGUUAAUGCUGAGAGACAAUUAGGCUUAGGCCCUAUUGCAUUACUGCCUUGCAUGCAAAGUUCCUGCUAACUUUUAGGGCAGUCUGAGAAUCAGACAGGGUACGAAAGUUGUCUGACCAUCAUAUGAGCUGUUUGGCUUGGUCUAAAAUUUCAGAUGAAGUAUA